AUGCCGGAUACACAGCUACCAAAGGUGAUGCGGGCGUGGAGGAAACAUGUUGGAAAUGAAGAAGCUCAAUACGAUGAGGUGACGGUGCCAAAGACACCUCCAACAGGCUUUCUGUGCAAGAUCCUCGCAGCUGGAGUCUGCCACAGCGACCAUGCCCUGCUUAUCGACAAAGCUCCACGACCUUGGUUCCAAGAUCGAUAUAUUCUAGGUCAUGAAGGCUGUGGCGAGAUCAUUGAUAUUGGUCCCAACGUCACAGACAAACGCUUCAAAAUUGGAGACGUGAUAUCUAUGCUUGGUGUUCCUGGCUGCGGCCAGAGCAACUGUCUUGAAUGCUCUCAGGAUAUGCAGCAGCUUUGUACAGUAGGCCAUCACUCUGGUAUCGGGCAGGACGGGUUCUACGCCCCUUUCGCAACGAUUGAUCAACGAGGAGCUGUACAUGUUCCUCAAGGGGUAAGCCCUCUCGUGGCCGCUGUUGCUACUGAUGCUGUCACGACAGCUUACCACGCUAUUGUCCGUCGUGGGGAACUGAAGCCAACCGAGACUGUGUUCCUAUUUGGCCUGGGAGGCCUUGGCUUCAACGGGUUGCAAGUAGCCAAAAGCAUUGGAGCCAGGGUCAUUGUAUCCGAUGUCCGCGAAGAACGUCUUGAGGCUGCGGCUCAAAUAGGGAUCCCAAAGAGGGACAUUGUGCCUGUGGGCACAUCGAUACAGGAGUUCGUCAAGGAGAACAAUCUUAUGAUUGACACUACGUUCGACUUCGUGGGCAUGAAUCAGACAUUCGAAGAUGCACAGCAAAUCGUUCGACGAGGGGGCAAGAUGGUGUGCAUAGGCACACUGAACUUGGACAACACAGUCCACAUGAAGGUUGGCAUCCGUAAGCGACUGAGCAUUAUCUUCUCCUACGGUGGGCAGGUAAAAGAUCUCGAAGACGUUCUUGAUCUCAUUGCGAAGAAGAAAAUCACCCCUCAAGUCGAGACUGGAAAGCUGGAAGACUUCCCUCGAUGGCUGAACGAUUUAUGUGAUGGGAAAGUAAACGCCAGAGUGGCCUUGACGCCCGAUUAG